AUGAAGGCCAUGACGGACCCACGGUCGGUGGGGCUGGUUGGGUCAAUGCCACCGACCACGUUCCUUGCAGCAUUCCAAUUACUCUCUCCCGACCACUUCGUGAAGCCAUAUCGAGAUCUAUACCAUCAAUUACACUGGUGGGGGACAUUGAAGAAUGGACUGAAAUCCGUCGAAGGAAUCUUUGACGACUUCGUCAAAGACUUGAAGCAGAUCAUACAUUAUAGGUUGUUGAGCGAGCAUCAACCUCACCUAGUGGAAUAUACACACCUGCUGAGGUGCGCAGAAGCCAUGGGAAAUGCUCCCCUCGCCAAUGAGAUAUGGGACGUGAUGUACGAAAACGGAGUCCAUCCAGAUACGGCGUGCUUUAAUCAUUACAUGGGGGCAACAGUAUGGGACCACUGUUUUCUGGGGGAGGAGAGAUUCAAUUUGACAGUCACCCCCCACAGCUACAAGAAGAGGCGCAUGAACCAACCGAAUAUUGGGUGGCGUGGAUAUGGCACGGCAGAACACAGUGUCAGAAAGGUUGUCAUGAACAUAUUCAGUGAUAUGAUUCAGUUAGGUCUCAGCGGUGAUGAGCAGACCUACAUCAAUGUCAUCCUUUCUGCAGCCCGAGUUGGGGAUAGAGAUGCUUUCUGUAACGUUCUUCAGACUGUGUGGAAUGUGGAUGUGGCGGCCAUCAUGAUUGAGAAGGAUAAUUCGAAGGUACCACCAGUUACUUCAUACGAUACUUGGUCUGGAUUGUACCCAACACAGCGCCUUCUUUUUGCAGUGGCUCAUGUCUUUGGAACGAAUUGUGACAUCCACGCUGCCAUACGGACUAUUGAGUUUUUAUCGUCAUCGUACAAUAUCCCGAUUUCCGAUGACGUGUGGUUCGAGUUGCUAGAAAGAACCUUCAUUCUUUCCAAGACGCACAAGGGAAAACAGGCAGAGGUGGAACGGCUUGGAAAGGUACCCAAAGAGAUGGUGUACCAGGUGUUCGAAACCAUGACAACAGAGCCCUACAACGUUCCACCAACUGUGAGGACAUAUCGCAUUUUAAAUCAAACAAGUGCCUUCCUUGGAACCUUUGAGAAAUGCCAGUUGGAGAUACGCCAGGCCUACGAGAUCUACAGCAAGACCCGCACAAAGCGAAAAGAAGCUAGAGACUUGGUCAUGCGAUGCCUUCAGCCGAUAUUCCACGACAUGGAGCAAAAAGCAGAGAAAGAAGAUCCUUAUACUCAGCCCAGCCCAUCAUUGCUCCAGUGUCCUCUCCUCGCCGAAGCAAUCCACGUCUAUGACGUUCUCAGACUCGAAGUCUACCAGCAAGAAGACCAGCUUAAACGCAUGGCAAACACAAUAUUCAUCAAAGAAGAUUGGAACGACCUCUCAUACAAUGUCUGGGAUAGAGUAGAGCGUCCUAGAUUCCAGGAAGAAUGGCAAGACUUUCUCCCAGCAAACGCAAAGUGCCAUCAUGGCCAAAAAAGCGUCUUCUACUUCGGAGACCAGUCACACAUGAAGGGUCGAUAUAAAGACACACAUGGCCUCAUCCUUGCACGCUGUCCACCAUAUCACGCGGAACCAUUUACUCCAACAGAAGAAAAGGUUUUCGAUGACAAAAUGGUGUGGGAUAAUCUGCUGGAGCAGUGGCCUCAACUGGAUCCCUCCGUGUCGCCGAUUGAUCGUCUCUUUUCCUUUCAGGUGCCGCUGAGUGCCGAGUUGAAGAUUAAGCUUUCAAGUUUGGGUCGUCGAGUCAGUUUCAAGGCUGAGAAGGAAAACCCUACGGGUGGGUUUUAUGCUCGUCUUAAACAGAAUGGGCUUGAUAAUGAUGAUCUUCCAAGGACUGUAUUCUGGUGUGAUGGCAAUCAUUGGCUUCAAUAG